AAGUGCAGCUCGUGUCAGAGUCUGGAGCUCCUCUUCAGGACCCUCUCAGUCCUCCGCCCUUUUGUUGUUAUGACGACGAGGUCGUAAAUCCGCCAUGUUUUCCCCUGUUGUAGCGUUGCGACAGAGACGGAGAGCUCGAACGACAUGAGUGAAGAAAAUAAUAAUACGGCAGAAACGGCGAGCGAGCAGCCGGAGCGCGGCGGGGUCAUCGCCAUCCACAAUGCCCUGGGCGACGAAGAUGAAGAUAUUCACAAAUGUGGCCGAUGUGGAGAAGAGUUUUCCACUCUGGAUACCUUCAUUCAGCAUAAGCUUAGUCGGAGCUGCCAACGUCCUGUACAGAAUUCACAGUCAAAUGGUUUCAGUGGUGGUGCUGCUCCCAACGUAAACGCCAGUGAUGAUGGCCAACCUUCAGAAGAUCGAGAGAAAUCCAAAACGGAUGAGGGUGAUGGAGUGGUGACCACCACCAGCAGAAAGAGAAGUCGCUUACCAAAACACCAUGUUGAGUCAGAAGAUGGAGAGGACCAGAGUUCGGAUCCUACUAAACUUAUUGUGAAGCUUACAGCAGACGGACGCUACAUUUGUCAUAUAUGUGAGAAGACUUUUAAAACGACGAAUAUCUUGAGGACACACUUGUUUACUCACACAGACAGGAAGGAUUUUAAGUGUGAACUGUGUGGAACUGCAUUCAGAACCAAGGGCUCUCUGAUUCGCCACAAACGGCGGCACACAGAUGAGCGUCCUUACCGGUGCAAUCAAUGCGGCCUCGCCUUCAGAGAGUCUGGUGCCCUGACUAGACACCUGAAGUCCCUCACUCCUUGUACAGAGAAGAUCCGUUACAGCCAGUGCCAAGAAAUCCUGGUCAGCAAAGAAGGCAUUCGCACAGAAGUCCAGCAGACACCUGUUCUCUCUCCAAAAGAGCAGCCGAUACCCAUAAUGAGUGUGGUGGAGACUGCCCAACCUGGCAUUCAUAUACAGGUGGUGGAAGACCUAGGACAAGUACAUCAGGUAGUGUCCCAGUCUCAAACUGAAGCUGUGGUCGAGGGAGACAGUUUGAUCUGCCAGGCCAUCAUCAAUUCAGGCAUUGCCCUGGAAACCGAGGCCACAGAGGCAGCAGUGCAGGCAGAGGCACGGUCACCUAAAGGUCCUGAGGCUGAGGCAAGGCUUGCAGAGAUUCAGGUGACUGAGGAAUGUGUGGAGGUGGAAGAGGAGACCGUGGACUCUUCAGAGAGGGAAGGGGAAGAAACAGCAUCUAAGUCACACAAAUGUCCUCACUGCGAUCGAGCUUUCAGAACAAUGUCUCACCUGCGCAUUCACAUCAAAGGCCAUGUUGGCUACAAGCCAUUUAAGUGCCUCACAUGUCAGAAAGAGUUUCUAACGGGCUAUAUGCUGAAGAAGCACAUGGAGGUGCAUGUGAGCGAGCGCAGGUAUAAGUGUGGCGAAUGUGGCAAGCUAUUCAAAGCCAUUGGGCAUGUGCGGGAACACAUGCGGGCGCAUUCCAGUGAGCGGCCUCACCACUGCAACCUGUGCGACAAGAGCUACAAGACAAAGAAUGCACUCCAGGUCCACCAUCGCACACACGGAGAAGAUAAGCCGUAUGUGUGUCCGCACUGCUGUCGUGGUUUUCGGGAAAAAGGUGCUCUGGUGCGUCACAUUCGCCACCACACCGGCGAGAAACCCUUCAGAUGUUCCAAAUGCGGCCGGGGCUUCGCUGAACAUGGCACUCUAAACCGCCAUUUACGAUCUAAAGGAGGUUGUUAUGCAGUGCAACAAAAGGAUCCAGAUCAGGUAUCGAGCACUGAGGAGCAGCAGGAGUCCACAGACAGUGUGGCAGCCACCAUCAUCACUGAGGACCCACACACGGUGCUAGUAGAAUUCUCCUCUGUGGUGGCUGAUACUCAGGAGUACAUCAUAGGAGCACCAGCUGAUGAAACAGCCCAAGGGGAGGAGAUGUCCAUCAUUCAGGACAGUGAUAGCCAGAUGGACAGCCAGAUCAUGAAGGUUGUGCAGCAUAUUGUGAGUCAGUCGCAUGGUAGCCACCAGAUCAUUGUGCGGAAUGUGGGUGCUGACGAGAGCCCCAGUGUGUCCGACUGCGGUGACACAAUCACCAUCGCCACACCUGAGAGCCUCACUGAACAGGUGGCCAUGACGCUGGCCAAUGCUAUUGGCGAUGGGACCAUCCUGACCACCUCCACCACAGAGGACGCCAUGGAGACGCAGCAUGCUGCUGUCACCGUGGUUGCAGCUGAAGACAUGGCGUUGAUGCAGCAAGAGGAGCAGUACGUCAUCGCAUCACCUGAGGACAUGGAGAUUCAGACGGUGGUGGUGGUCUGAGGCAAAGGACCCAAAGGAAGUCACCCUCUCCAUGAACUCUGGGAAAAGCAGUCUCCUAUGGAGCUGCUCAUUUUAUUUAUCUUACCUGUGGUAGCAGUUUGUUCUCCCAACAUGCCUUAUUGUCUUGAAUAUUCCAAAUAAGCUGCACUUAAAAGGAGGAAAAUUGGCUUCUUGAAUUGUGCAACUGUAUAAUUGCACUUAUUUUUAUAAUCAAUGUGUUGUAUGCAGUUAUCUGCAGACAAUGAUACCAAAUUAGCCUAAUUAUUCCCUUCAGACCUGGUUGGCAAUGAACAACAAAUUUACUCUGCUUUUGAUGGCCAUUGUGCAGGAUACAUUUCUUUAAGGUUCUCAGGGCAAAAGUGCUGAUCUAAGAUCAGUGUCAGGACAACUCAGACUUUAAUGCAUAGGAAUUAAAAAACUGUCUAAACACUUUUUUUUUUCCUGUUACAAUGCAUGUUUGUGCACAUGUUGUUCCAUGUAUUUGUUUUAAUAGAUAAAAGCUCUCAUUGAAAGCUGUUUUAUUUCAGUUAUUGGACUCUAAUGCUGCAUAGACGUAGAGGUGCACUUCUUUGUAGCCAGUGAGGACUAACAUGCUACUAUGUGACAAGUAGGCCAACCAGAUAAAUCUGUGUACAUUUGACAGCUUAUGUUCAUUAGUCUGCCUCUCAGAUUUCUAUAAACUAUAUUCUUUUAUCGUUUGUGGGUUUGUAGCAGAUGAGGUGACGAUGGAUUCAUUGGAUUUUUGGCUUAUUCUAUCUUCCAGCAAACCACUUUAUGUAAUGCCUUUCAUUUGUGGGACAGACAGACCAUCCGAGCUAUGAUUGAUGCUCUGUGUGGCUCACAGCUGUGUUAUCAGCAGGUGAUAGAUGGACAGUUGGUAGAAUCACUUACCUGGCAGAUCUGGGCCACACCACAGCCUGGUUCACUUUGCCACCAUUUUUUUAACGCGUCCCCCCCAACCCUCCUGUCUUCCCUCCUGUCAGGUCAUUACUGCACAUGCUGUUGCCAAGGAUACUGUGGACAGUUGCACUGUUUCUAAACCCUCAGGGUCCUCUCAUGUGCCCUCACAUUGUGGUGCCCUUUUGAGCAGAAAAAAAACGGAAUGCUGCCCCAGUAUACACAACCCAGUGCCUCAUCAGUUAAUCACCCAGUGUUAUAUUAAUAGAAAGCUCCACAUUUACUAGAAGAGUGAGUAUAGAGGGAUUUCAUUGCUAAAGAGAACUCAAUGUAAGAACCAACAGUCAGCCAUCUGUAAUCUGCAUAUCAUCCUAUAUAUUCAAUAGGUUUCAAAAGACUACCAAUAUUUUCUGCCGUGCGGACGUAAAUGAUUCCAUUGUUUGACAACUUAAACUGUGUGGCUGUAAUUCAGUAACCACUAUGAAGCUUUAUAUAAAGCGCAGGAGUUAUUGGAGUUUUAAGUGGAUGGGGAUGGUGAGGUCCACGUGAGAGUUGCAGUUUAAUUUCUUUUUGCAUGGAAGCCUGCAAAGAUUGUAAAACAUGCUUUGAUGAGCCCUACUGUCAUUUUUGGUGGAUGUCGUCGUCCCCCCCCCCCCCCCCCCCCCCGAUCCCAGACAAGAUUUAAACCAGGGUUUGUAUUCAUGGAACUUCUCAGAGGCGUGCUGAUCUGGGAUCUGUUCAUGUUUAAAGUCAUGGUAAAUGAGGAGUCUAAUCCCAGAUCAGCGCAUGUCUGAAUGCCUCUAAGUUACCUCACAAAAAGGUAUUACAUGAAGUGGUUGCAGAUAUGCUGUUUCUUGUCUCAGGCAUGGUUUUAGAAUAGGUACAAGUCUUUUGGCAUAGAACCUUUUAAAAAAUUGAAUCUGUUCAUGGCAGAGAGGUACAUCGAAAGUAAGUACCCAAAGAAAAUCUUUGCUACUUUUUUUUAUCGUUCUCAACAUUGCAUCUCAAAAAAGAUGUGUAGAUACACAGGAUGUUUUGGACUGUAAAUAAAAUGACUGUAUUUGUA